AAUGGCCCAGACAGAAGCACCCCUUUCCCCCUCAGACUCUGCUCCAGACCCUGCUGGGAAGGGGGUGUCUAGAGCAGAGAUGGGGGUGGGGGGACCAGGGCUUGCAGCACCAGGUUACCCUUCCAUCCAUGGACAGAACCAGACAUGGCGGAAGAGGUGUGGGUGGGCAGCUGGCGGCCCCAUCGCCCCCGGGGGCCCAUCAUGGCCCUCUACAGCAGCCCUGGACCCAAGUACCUGAUUCCACCCACCACGGGGUUUAUGAAGCACACACCCACCAAGCUUCGUGCACCAGCCUAUAGCUUCCGCGGGGCCCCCAUGCUUCUGGCUGAAAACUGCUCCCCAGGGCCCCGCUACAGCGUGAACCCCAAGAUACUGAGGACUGGGAAGGACCUUGGGCCAGCUUUCUCCAUCUUAGGGCGUUACUGCUCCAAGACCACUCUGACCCCUGGUCCCGGUGACUACUUCCCAGAGAAAUCUACCAAGUACGUGUUUGACUCGGCACCCAGUCACUCCAUUUCUGCUCGUACGAAGACUUUCCGCAUGGAUAGCACCCCAGGUCCGGCUGCAUACAUGUUGCCCAUGGUGAUGGGACCCCACACCGUUGGCAAGGUCUCACAGCCUUCCUUCUCCAUCAAGGGCCGCAGCAAGCUGGGUGGCAUCAGCGAUGAUCUGCACAAGACUCCAGGUCCUGCAGCCUACCGCCAGACUGAUGUGCAGGUGACGAGGUCCAAGGCUCCACAGUACACCAUGGCUGCCCGCGUGGAACCUCCAGGGGACAAGACCCUCAAGCCUGGCCCAGGAGCCCACAGCCCUGAGAAGGUGACGCUGACCAAGCCCAGCGCCCCCAACAUCACCUUCGGCGUCAAACAUUCUGACUAUAUGACACCUCUGGUUGUGGACGUAGAAUAAACCUGGGCCUUACUCACCUCUCCCUCCCACCCUAAACGUCAGAACAUCCUAUAGCCACACGAGU